UUAAGGGGGCGCUGGCCAAUCGCAGCCCAGUCCGUGGCGCAGCGGCCAGCGCUCGCGGCCUGGCCCGGACGGCGCAGCGCAGCUCCAGUCUCUGCCCCCGGACGUUGCCAGCGAAGCCGAAGCAGCUCCAGCCCCGUUGCAGUCGCCCGUGACAGCUUGCACCACUGCGAAGCGGCCAGUGGGCCCACUCGCAGCGCGGCACCAUGAACGUCUUUGAUCGAAACAUCAAUUUCGAUGCCCUCUUCAAGUUCUCUCACAUCUCGGCCUCCACCCAGGAGCACCUCAAGAAGGUCUAUGCCAGCUUCGCCAUCUGCAUGUUUGUGGCCGCCACAGGCGCCUACAUCAACGUGGUGACCCACUUCUUCCAGUUCAGCUUCCUGACUGGCUUGGGUGCCCUGGGGCUGAUGAUCUGGCUCACUGCUACCCCGCACAGCCGGGAGACGGAGCAGAAGCGGCUGGGGAUGCUGGCUGGCUUUGCUUUCCUGACAGGCAUCAACCUGGGACCCCUCCUGGAAAUGUGCAUCUCCAUCAACCCCAGCGUCAUCCCCACCGCCUUCCUCGGCACUGCCACCAUCUUCGCCUGCUUCUCCCUGAGUGCCCUGUACGCCCGGCGCCGCAGCUUCCUCUACCUGGGAGGUUUUCUUCUCUCCGGCCUCACCCUGAUGCUCCUCUUCUCCGUGGUUAACACCUUCAUGGGAUCCACUUGGCUCUUCACGGCCAACCUCUACCUGGGGCUGAUGAUCAUGUGCGGCUUCGUGCUCUUCGACACGCAGCUCAUCAUUGAGAAGGCGGAGAGCGGGGACAAGGAUUACAUCUGGCACUGCGUCGACCUCUUCCUCGACUUCGUCAACAUCUUCCAGGAGCUCCUGAUGAUCCUGGGCAUGACCAAGAACAAGAAGAAGGAGAAGAAGUGAAGCGGCUCCUGUCCCCAUCCGGUCCCCAUCCCCAUCCCCGUCCCCUCUCUAAUUCAUUAAAGGGGUUGCGCUUUGCUGCCGAUGAAAAGCAGCCCGGAAGC